UCUUUUGACUGUCAUCAACCACAAUACCACCAACCAACACCUCCUCUCUUCCCUCCCCCAAAAAAAAAAAAAACUUCCUCUCUGAAAAAAAAAUCUUCCAUAAACGACGAUCUUUAUCCGCAACUUCAAAGAUCCGUUUUAAGACCCGAAUUCCCUGCCCGUAUUUUCCCUCUCGUGAUUCCACCUCAGUACGUACCGAUUUCUUGACCCGCUCGGUAAUUUUUUGAGUUUUUUUGGGGCUGUUUUUAAAAGGAGCUUGAUAUUCGACUGAGGAUCUGUGAGAUUAUCGUUUUUUGCUUUUUAGUUUAGUCCGAUGGCUUCUAUAGGUAUGGCGCCUACUUCUGGGUUAAGAGAACCUAGUGGGAAUGCAGUUGGUGUUGAUAGAUUACCUGAUGAAAUGAAUGAUAUGAAAAUUAGGGAUGACAAGGAAGUGGAAGCAACUAUAGUUGAUGGUAACGGAACCGAAACUGGGCAUAUUAUUGUCACCACUAUUGGGGGUAAAAAUGGCCAGCCUAAACAGACAAUAAGCUAUAUGGCCGAACGUGUUGUUGGGCAUGGAUCAUUUGGGGUAGUGUUUCAGGCUAAAUGUUUAGAGACAGGCGAAACUGUUGCUAUUAAGAAGGUUCUUCAAGACAAGAGAUACAAGAACCGUGAAUUGCAAACCAUGCGUCUUCUAGACCACCCCAACGUUGUCUCUCUGAAGCAUUGUUUCUUUUCAACUACUGAAAAAGAUGAGCUCUAUCUUAACCUGGUGCUUGAGUAUGUUCCGGAGACUGUCCACCGAGUUAUCAAGCAUUAUAAUAAGAUGAACCAAAGGAUGCCACUGAUAUAUGUUAAACUCUAUUUUUACCAGAUUUGUAGAGCACUUGCUUACAUUCAUAACAGUAUUGGUGUGUGCCACAGGGACAUAAAGCCACAAAAUUUAUUGGUCAACCCGCACACUCAUCAGCUAAAACUGUGUGAUUUUGGAAGUGCCAAAGUUUUGGUGAAAGGGGAACCAAACAUAUCUUACAUCUGUUCUAGGUACUAUCGAGCACCUGAAUUAAUAUUUGGUGCAACUGAAUACACCACAGCCAUUGACAUCUGGUCUGCUGGCUGUGUUUUGGCUGAGCUAUUGCUUGGGCAGCCUCUGUUUCCUGGUGAGAGUGGAGUAGACCAGCUUGUUGAAAUUAUUAAGGUUCUAGGUACCCCAACAAGAGAAGAAAUCAAGUGCAUGAAUCCUAACUACACAGAGUUCAAAUUCCCCCAAAUUAAAGCUCACCCAUGGCACAAGAUAUUUCAUAAGCGUAUGCCUCCGGAAGCUGUGGAUCUUGUUUCACGACUAUUGCAGUACUCUCCAAAUCUGCGUAGCACAGCUAUUGAGGCUUUGGUUCAUCCAUUCUUUGAUGAGCUACGUGAUCCUCACACCCGCCUACCUAAUGGUCGAUUUCUUCCCCCACUGUUCAACUUUAAGCCUCACGAACUGAAGGGAGUUCCUACGGAUAUGUUACCGAAGCUGAUCCCGGAACAUGCAAAAAAGCAAUGUUCCUUCCUUGGAUUAUAAUGGAAUAAUAUAAUUCCUUUCUGCUUAAAUCUUUGAUGUCUGCUCCUUGCAGAAAUCAUGGGCUAUUGUUGAAAAAAAGUAGUUAGUAAGCCUGUUUCAGUUAUAUGAUAAAGAAGCCUUGUUAAUGUUUAUUUGUUCCCUUUAUUAAUAUUUUUUUUCUAUCAAUAUUUAUGUUCUUUUUCUUUCUCUUUUUUUUCUUCUCCCUUUUGUAGAAAAAACAAAACUUGAGUAUCUGCCCUUAAAGACCUUAAUGAGUAAUGUUGACCCUUUUAUGACCAGAUUGUAACAAUAUAUUUGUUGGUUUCAAUGUAAUUUCCUAUUAGUAUAA